CACUUCCACAGCUAUGCUGCACACAGCUUCAAGAACAGGGGGUCUAUGAUUAUCACAGGUAUUUACUGGUAGUGCUAGGGAGCGUUGCAGACCUUCUACAGAGAGCAUUUGGAUACAGGAGGUUUUUCAGUCAGAGGAGACACAGAGAGAAGGCAGAAAUGGCAACUGGUGGUGUAACCUCCCAUAAGGGAGCGAUACAACAUCUCUCAAAGUUGACGAUUGUGCUGCUGGGGGGGAGAUAUGCUGGCAAGAGUUCAGCAGGAAACACCAUCCUGGGAAGAGAGGAGUUUGAGUCUGGAGUAAGAACUGCACAGUGCGUGAAGAGAAAGGGUGGAGUAGCUGGGAGGCAGGUCACUGUGGUCGACACACCGGGAUGGUGGAGCAAUAUAUUUCCACAGCUCACUCCAGAGCUGGUUAAACAGGAGAUUGUGUGCAGUGCGUCUCUUUGUCCCCCAGGAUGCCACGUUUUCUUGCUGGUCAUGGAUUUGAAAUCAUCUUUCUCAGGUACACAAAGGAAAAAGGUUAAGAAACACCUGAAGCUUCUUGGUGAGAGAGUCUGGAGACACACUAUAGUGCUGUUCACCAGGGGAGACUGGCUGGGAGGCAGAACCAUUGAGCAGUGCAUUGGGACUGCAGGGGAGCCCCUUCAGUGGCUUGUAGAGAAAUGUGGGAACAGGUAUCAUGUGCUCAACAACAAGAACAGCGGUGAUGGCGCUCAGGUCACAGAGCUGCUGGAGAAAAUAGAGAUGAUGAUGGCAGAACUUGGUGGCCAGAACUAUGAAAUGGAUAGAAAGCUCAUCCAGGAGAUGGAAGAGAGGAGGAGGGCAGUAGAAGAAAAAGCGAAACAGAGGUGGAUGGAUGUGCAGGAACAGAGGAAGGCUCUGAGAAAUCUUCUCGAAGGGAAGGAACACCAUCUCUCCGAGCUGAGGAUUGUGCUGCUUGGGGCCAGACAGACUGGCAAGAGUUCAGCCGGAAACACCAUCCUGGGCAGAGAGGAGUUUGAGCCUGGAAGAAGAACUGCACAGUGUGUGAAGAGACAGGGCGAAGUAGCUGGGAAGCAGGUCACUGUGGUUGACACACCAGGGUGGUGGUGGCAUUAUACUAUCGAGCUAAUAACAGCACUAGAUAAACAGGAAAUCGUGUGCAGUGUGUCUCUGUGUCCCCCAGGACCCCACGCUCUCCUGUUGGUCAUAGAUUUGAACUCAGCAUUCCCAGAGACAUACAGAAAAUCAAUAGAGCAACACAUGGGGCUUCUGAGUGACACCGUCUGGAGACACACUAUGGUGCUAUUCACAUCUGAAAAUCAGCUGCAAGACACAGCCAUUGAACAGCACAUCGAGACCGAAGGGGCAGCCCUCCAGUGGCUUGUAGAGAAAUGUGGGAACAGGUAUCAUGUUCUCAGCAAUGCAGACAGAGAUGAUGUAACUCAGGUCACAGAGCUGCUUAAGAAAAUAGAGGAGAUGGUGGCAGGAUAUGGUGGCCAGCACUGUGAAUUCAACAGAAUGCACAUCCAGAUGGUGGAAGAGAGGAGGAGGGCAGUGGAAGAAAAAGCGAAACAGAGGUGGAUGAAAGUACAGAAUCAAAGGAAGGCUAUCAGAGCACUUUUCAGAGUGGAGGAACACCACCUGUCAGAGCUGAGGAUUGUGCUGCUUGGGGGCAGACAGACUGGCAAGAGUUCAGCCGGAAACACCAUCCUGGGCAGAGAGGAGUUUGAGUCUGGAGUAAGAACUGCACAGUGUGUGAAAAGACAGGGCAAAGUAGCUGGGAAGCAGAUCACUGUGGUUGAAACACCAGGGUGGUCUAGCAGUAUAUAUUCGUUCCCUGCUCUAACACUGGUUGGACAGGAGAUUGUGUGCAGUGUGUCUCUGUGUCCCCCAGGACCCCAUGCUUUCCUCCUGGUCAUAGAUUUGAGCACGUUGUUCCCAGAGACAAACAGGAGACCAACAGAGGAGCGCAUGGAGCUGCUUGGUGAAAGCGUCUGGAGACACACUAUGGUGCUAUUCACCUGUGGAGACUGGUUGGGAGACACAUCUAUUGAGGAGCACAUUGAGACCGAAGGGACAGCCCUCCAGUGGCUCGUAGAGAAAUGUGGGAACAGGUAUCAUGUUCUCAACAACGAAAACAGAGAUGAUGGCACUCAGGUCACAGAGCUGCUGGAGAAGAUAGAGGAGAUGGUGGCCAAAAACAAUGGUUGUUACUUCACUAGAGAGAGAAGGGGUGAGGGGUAUAACCAGUGGUCGUUUGGAAACAAAGUGAAUGAAAAGAAGCUGAAACAGAAUUUUGAGGAGGAAUGGAGGAGAAGAGAAGAGGAGCUGAUAGAAAGGAUGUCACAGGUGUUGGUCAAAUUGGAGACAGGGGAAUCCACAUCGCCAGUCAUCAACAGGAAGAGCAGCAUUGAACACUUUCCCCCCAGCUUGAGCGGAGGGUCUCCAGUCCCCUCUGAAGCCAGCAGCUCUGUGGGGAACUAUAGAUUGGCUCAUGAAGUAUCCAGAAAGAAGGUGUCAUGGUGGAUGAGAGGGAUUCAGCCGGAGAGUUUAGCAUCAUCUGGAUAUGGAACAAGGAGUUCUGUGGUCAGUGAGGAGGAGAUGCCUGACACCAAGAGACUGGAAGAGGACAGUGUGGAUGACACUCCAAACUAGAAACACGGCUCUGCCCUGCCACCAUCUGCUAAUGAAAAAGACCAGGUUUUCCCCACCUUGUUGUAGUUGUGAUAAUAUAGCACCCACCCCAGUUUCUGAUGCGUCUGUCUGUAUGAUCAUCACCUUGGUUAAGUCAGGGGUCACCCACACUGGUUCUGAGCACAGCGAACCCUUCAGAUUCUCGGGUGCCUUGUCAGCCUCUGGGGUCCGCUUCAUAACACGGGGGAGACGGACUAUUGUUAAACCCAUCAGGGGACCCGCAAAAGUGGCAAAAUGUGGCAUUAACCAUCUGUGAUAUUUUAUCAAAUCAGUGAAUGUCUGGGACCCCACAGCAGCAGAACAAAUUGCCUUCAUUCUGCCAGGAAUAGGGAUGGGUAGGUCAGCCAGGAUUUGUCCUUCU